GUUAAUUGUAAUGAGCUAUUUUUUUUUUGUAAUUAGUUUUCAAGAAGUUUAUUAAACAAUUGGAAUUGCAGAAACUCUCAUGUAUCCCCACUCAACUAUUGCCCAAACCAAACAAGAAAUAGACAAUUCGCUUUCAGAGGAAGAACUUGAGAAUACGCAAUAAAUGAUAACGACCUUACUUCUAUCACACGGCAGUGCGACGACGAAGUUGUCUCUCCUUGCUUGCUCUUUCUUUCCCUUUCACAAAUUGCCCGGGCAGAUUGGGCUCAAUUGACAUCGCAAAGAGGAAAGGGUGGGGCAUUAGGGAGCUUUUAUUAUGCCACAGGUAAGGACUGCUGCCGCUGAGGCAGCAGCAGCGGCUGCCGGGAGUGGUGCCAAUGGUCAACCGCUUGUGAAGAUUGGGCAUUACCUUCUUGGCGCCACAUUGGGUACAGGCACAUUUGGCAAAGUGAAGGUCGGUGAACAUCAAAUAACACGCCUUAAGGUCGCCGUAAAGAUCCUUAAUAGGCAAAAAAUCAAAAGUUUGGAUGUCGUGGGCAAGAUACGACGGGAGAUACAAAACCUUAAACUCUUUCGGCAUCCCCACAUAAUAAAAUUGUACCAGGUGAUUUCCACACCUUCAGAUAUAUUUAUGAUUAUGGAGUAUGUGAGCGGCGGAGAACUCUUCGAUUAUAUUGUCAAACAUGGAAAAUUGCAGGAGCAUCAGGCCCGCCGGUUUUUCCAACAGAUCAUUUCCGGGGUGGAUUAUUGUCAUCGCCAUAUGAUUGUUCAUCGAGAUUUGAAGCCCGAGAACUUGCUGCUCGAUCAUAAUAUGCACGUAAAAAUAGCCGAUUUCGGUUUAUCCAAUAUGAUGCUCGAUGGCGAAUUUCUUCGCACUUCUUGUGGAUCACCCAAUUAUGCUGCACCCGAGGUGAUUUCGGGAAAACUGUAUGCUGGUCCAGAGGUGGAUAUAUGGUCCUGUGGUGUCAUUCUGUAUGCCCUCCUGUGUGGAACCCUUCCCUUUGAUGAUGAGCACGUGCCCACACUCUUCCGCAAGAUAAAAUCUGGCAUAUUCCCCAUACCCGAGUAUCUCAAUAAGCAGGUGGUAAAUUUGGUGUGUCAAAUGCUUCAGGUGGAUCCUUUGAAGCGAGCCACCAUUGAAGAGAUUAAGAAGCAUGAAUGGUUCCAAAAGGACUUGCCGGCGUAUUUAUUUCCCUCUUCGAUAGAACAGGAUUCUAAUGUGAUUGACACGUAUGCCGUUGCCGAGGUGUGUACCAAAUUCGGAGUAAAAGAAUCGGAAGUCCAUAAUUCUUUGCUAAGUGGCGAUCCGCAUGAUCAGCUGGCAAUAGCCUACCAUUUGAUAAUUGAUAACAAACGAUUUGCUGAUGAUGCUGCCAAUCAGAUUACUGAGAUCAAUAAUUUCUUUGUGGCUGGAUCGCCUCCACCUCCUCCACCCCCAUCCACUUUGUCAUCAAGUCAUUCGCCAAAUGAGCGCGAUGUUACUGUCAUAGUCGGAGGAAGUGGGGGUACGGCAGUCAGUUCCGGCUCAGCCACGCCAGUGCCGGCGAAUGGAGCUUCAGCUACUACUAAUAGCUCAACGGUCAUGCCCGGCAUUCGUCCACAUCCCGAACGGAUCGCUCCUAUGCGUGAACGUCAAUUGGCAAUGUCGGUUCAAAACUCUGGAGGGGCUGCUUUCCCCGAGAAAACAGCACGUGGUGGCACACCUAUCAAACGAGCCAAAUGGCAUCUGGGUAUUCGAUCCCAAAGCAAGCCCAAUGACAUUAUGCUUGAGGUAUAUCGGGCAAUGAAGGCUCUUAACUACGAGUGGAAAAUCAUUAAUCCGUACCAUGUGCGCGUUCGUCGUCAAAAUGUCAAGACUAGCAAAUUCUCAAAAAUGUCCCUACAACUGUAUCAGGUGGACGCCAAAAGCUAUUUGCUAGACUUCAAGUCCCUGACCAACGAUGAAGUUGAGCAAGGCGAUGAUGUUAUCAUGGAGAGCUUAACUCCACCGACCCACAGCGCGUCUGCUGGAACGAUGCCGCUCCAGCCCACGGGUCAUCACACAAUGGAGUUCUUUGAGAUGUGUGCGGCAUUAAUUAUUCAGUUGGCUCGCUAAAUAAUGCAAAAUCCAAAGGGUUUUGGAGAAAUACUGUUUUUGCGUCAUCGAAUGCUCGCUUACCGCUUACCGUUAUUAAUGCUAGCGCUGCCCGAUAAAUUGUUCUUGUUGUUUUUGUUGGCGUCUUUAUAUACUAUAUAUAUUUUAUGUAUAAUUUUUAACGGUUGAUUUUUAUUUUUUUGUGCUUCUUUUCGAAGAUUUUCUGAGUAUUCUUUGUAUAAAGUUGUAUUCAGUUCAGUUCGGUCGAAAACCCAUUUAAAUCAAUAUUGUAACCUACUAAAUAAAAAUUUUAAUUUCGGGUAAAAAGACUUUCGUAAUUAUAAAUAAUAUAUGCAAUAAAUUACACAAAAUCACAAAUAUUAUGUUUAUAUUUUUAAGUUUUAUAAAGUAAACGUCGCUAUGCACAGGUAAA